GGAAUUGGGGUCUGCUCUAAGCUGCAGCAAGAGAAACUGUGUGAGGGGAAGAGGCCUGUUUCGCUCCGGGGUCUCUAGUUCUUGCACGCUCUUGAAGAGUCUGCAUUAGAGGAACUCUGCCAUUACCAGCUCCCUUCUUGCAGAAGGGAGGGGGAGACAUACAUUUAUUCAUGCCAGUCUGUUGCACGAAGGCUUUUUGGCUUCCUACCUUGCAACAAAAUAAUUGCACAAACUCCUUAGUGCCGAUUCCGCCCACAGAGAGUCCUGGAGCCAGAGCCUUUUUUGCUUUGCAUGGUAGGGAAGGGACUAAGUGAUAGAGACUAUGUCGCUUUCCUGAGCUCCUGAGAGCGCUCGUGAACUGGAACCAACUGCUUCAGGGGAAGGAAAAAAAAAAAAAAAAAAAAAAAAAAAAGACUUGCCUGGGAGGCGGCGAGAAACUUGCACUGGAAGCUUCAGCAGCCAGCAUUCAAGAAACUCCUCUCCACUUUAGCACGGUCUCCAGACUCAGAGCCGAGAGACAGAGCAAACUGCGGCGCGGUGAGAGAGCGAGCGAGAGCGAGCAGCAGAGGGAGGGAGAGGAGACUCUCCAGCCUGGGAACUAUAACUGCUCUGCAAGAGGCAGAGCGCUCCUUGCCCGCACCCUUUGGAGACUUUUCUCCCUGCGCCCAGCACCGCCCCGGCGAGUAGUGGAGGGGCCCGCACGGCCGCCGCGCGCGUCCUCCCGCUCGGCGUGUGCUUGGCCCGGGGAGCCGGGAGGGCCCGGCGAUCGCGCCGCGGCGGCCGCCGCGAGGGUGUGAGCGCGCGUGGGCGCCCGCCGAGCCGGGGCCAUGGUGCAGCAAACCAACAACGCCGAGAACACGGAAGCGCUGCUGGCCGGCGAGAGCUCGGACUCGGGCGCCGGCCUGGAGCUGGGCAUCGCCUCCUCCCCCACGCCCGGCUCCACCGCGUCCACGGGCGGCAAGGCCGACGACCCGAGCUGGUGCAAGACGCCGAGCGGCCACAUCAAGCGGCCCAUGAACGCCUUCAUGGUGUGGUCGCAGAUCGAGCGGCGCAAGAUCAUGGAGCAGUCGCCCGACAUGCACAACGCCGAGAUCUCCAAGCGGCUGGGCAAACGCUGGAAGCUGCUCAAAGACAGCGACAAGAUCCCCUUCAUCCGGGAGGCGGAGCGGCUGCGCCUCAAGCACAUGGCUGACUACCCCGACUACAAGUACCGGCCCAGGAAGAAGGUGAAGUCCGGGAACGCCAGCUCCGGCGCCUCGGCCGCCGCCUCCUCCAAGCCGGGGGAGAAGGGCGACAAGGUCGGUGGCGGGGGCGGCCACGGGGGCGGCGGCGGGGGCGGGAGCGGCAACGCGGGGGGCGGCGGCGCGGGCGGCGGCGGCGCCAACUCCAAACCCGCGCAGAAAAAGAGCUGCGGCUCCAAAGUGGCGGGCGGCGCGGGCGGCGGGGUCAGCAAACCGCACGCCAAGCUCAUCCUGGCGGGCGGCGGCGGGAAGGCGGCGGCCGCGGGCGCCGCGCCCUCCUUCGCGGCCGAGCAGGCCCUACUGCCCCUGGGCGCCGCCGCCGACCACCACUCGCUGUACAAGGCGCGGACUCCCAGCGCGGCGGCGGCGGCGGCGGCGGCGGCGGGCUCGGUCUCCGCGGCCGCCUCCGCCUCCUCGGCCGGCCUCGCGGCCCCAGGCAAACCCCUGGCCGACAAGAAGGUGAAACGCGUCUACCUGUUCGGCGGCCUGGGCGCGUCCUCCUCGCCCGCGGGUGGCGUGGGCGCGGGCGCCGACCCCAGCGACCCCCUGGGCCUGUACGAGGAGGGCGGCGCGGGCUGCUCGCCCGACGGGCCGAGCCUGAGCGGCCGCAGCAGCGCCGCCUCGUCGCCCGCCGCCGGCCGCUCGCCCGCCGACCACCGCAGUUACGCCAGCCUGCGCGCCGCCUCGCCCGCGCCGUCCAGCGCGCCCUCGCACGCGUCCUCGUCGGCCUCGUCCCACUCGUCCUCGUCCUCGUCGUCGGGCUCCUCGUCCUCCGACGACGAGUUCGAAGACGACCUGCUCGACCUGAACCCCAGCUCAAACUUUGAGAGCAUGUCCCUGGGCAGCUUCAGCUCGUCGUCGGCGCUGGACCGGGACCUGGAUUUUAACUUGGAGCCCGGCUCCGGCUCGCACUUCGAGUUCCCGGACUACUGCACGCCCGAGGUGAGCGAGAUGAUCUCGGGAGACUGGCUCGAGUCCAGCAUCUCCAACCUGGUCUUCACCUACUGACGGGCGCGCGCGCGGGCUGGGAGAAGAGGGCCGGGGGCAAGAGAGGGAAGAAGAAAAAAAAGAAGAAGAUUUAGACGAAGAAGAAGAA